AUGAAUCCCGCCACGCUGUCAUCGGUUGGCUUCGAUUUUGGAGCCUCUGGCAGUCAGCCAGAAGCAAACGAUCACCUUCAGAGGCUAGCUGCCAUGACCCAAGGGGUAGGAAAGGAUGAUCACGAUCAAGCAGCAGCUCCAUCGACAGAUGCCGCCUUAUACACAGGUGCAGCAGCUUAUAUGCCUGGAUAUGCAGGGUGGCCAAACUAUUACCAGCAGUUUGGACAACCCUUAGCUCCAGCAGCGUUUUCUGCUUGGCCACCUCAGUGCUAUGCUGCUCCACAUUGGCCUAAUUAUGCUGCGUCGAAAAAAGGCAGGCAGACGUAUCAACGAUACCAGACGAGUGUGCUCGAGCAGAAAUUCCAGCAAUCAAGUUAUGUAAGCAAGAAACAACGUGAGGAACUACGACUACAGACGAAUCUGACCGAUCGGCAAAUCAAAAUCUGGUUUCAAAAUCGACGGAUGAAAGCCAAGAAGGAAAAACAACGGAUAGACGAUCAUGGCGAACAUGCUCCACUCCUGCCGGCAAAUCCGCCAAAAACACUUCUAGAUGAUGAUGAUAAGAAAUGGCAUAUGGGUGCAACCCAACAGGCUACUGCAUGGCCUCCAGCACCUCCGCAUCCAUACCAAUAUCCAUUAUUUCCGGACGCUUGUAAGAAACGUGGAAGACAAACGUACACCCGUCAACAAACGCUUGAACUCGAAAAGGAGUUCCAUUACAACAAAUACCUCACGAGAAGGCGGCGAAUUGAAUUAAAUCGAAGUCUGGGUUUGUCUGAACGUCAGAUCAAAAUUUGGUUUCAAAAUCGUCGGAUGAAGCAGAAAAAGGAGAACAAAUCACAAAACGAGCACCGUAGCGACUGUGCUUAG